AUGUCUUCGGUUGCCAAACAAGUGGGAGUCAAAGUGGACUUCAACAAAAUCAUCAAGAGUUUAGGAUUGACCGGUGAAACCGCCGCUUCUUUGCAGGCUUUCAGAAAAAGAUACGAUGAAGCCAAGAAGAACUACAUAGACUUGUCAGCUCAGGCAACAGAGAUUGACUUCAGCCACUAUAGAUCCGUGUUGAAAAACACCAAGGUUGUCGAUGAGAUUGAAAAAGCCGUGGCAUCGUACAAGCCAGUCACAAUAGACCUUUCCAAGAACUUGAAGAACAUCGAGUUGUACGAGCAAAAAGCCGUUGAAAAUGCAAAGUUGACUGAAAAGUCAGUGACGGAAGAGAUUAAGCAGUUACAGGCUACUUUGAAGGACAUUGAAAGUGCCAGACCAUUCGACCAAUUGACCGUUGAUGACGUUGCCAAGGCCUCUGACUUGGACGAAAAGACUACAUACAUGGUUAAGAAUGCCAAAUGGGUUGUUCCAGGCUACAGAGAGAAAUUCGGUGACUUGGCUGCUAUGUAA